GUUGGUGGGAGGGCUUAGUACCCAGAAGGAACUUUCCUGAAGGGGAAGCCAAGUACCCAAACGGUUUAAUAAUUGACAUUCGCAUUUUCGCGUCUUAAUUAGUUCGGGAGUGCCGUGAAAGUGUCGCGCGACCGUUUUCAUUGUGUUGAUUGAUUCAUUUUAAUUUUAAUUUCGGGAAUGCCGUGCAAAGGCAUUGUCAAGUCGUAUUGUUCGUCGUAUUGUUUGUCGUAAUGUUGAAUUUUUAACUCAUUUUAUCGAUCUUUUUUGUAUUAUCGUGUAUGGUUGUGUGUCCGGUGCGAAUGGAAUAGGAGAUUUUGCUGGACAACUUUUCCGUUGAUCGCUUACUGGUGCAACCGGCUAUAAAACCACAAUUCAAUAUCAGGAUACUCAGGCUAUAAUGCAGCAAGAUUGGCGUCUUUCUUCAUACAUAAAACCGGUCGCAUUCUGCUAAUUGGCUAAAUAGUACAUUUAAGUCGUACGCGAUGGCGUACAGUGAUGCGAAUGAGCAAUCCUGAGACUCCUGAUUUUAUCGAGACGAGCAGACUGGCUAGAGAGAAUUCACGUUCGAUCGUUUGGAGGUUCGAUCGGAACCAGUUGAUAAUCGAGGCGUGGAUAGAGCGCGUGGUUUCGUUGACGAUCGCAUUCGACAUCUGGUCUCAUCAGGGCGACGAUAAAACGUCGCGAGAGGAGAACGACGGCGGUUUAUCGAUUCGUCGAUCGAUCGGGAAACGUCGCGCUUGUUCUUCACGAAAGGUAGAACGUUGGCACGCGGAUUGGAAAUCGGCGAGCGUGGGUCGACAUCGACGGCGCCAACCUGUUGCUCAAGAUCGGACUCGUUUCCAUUUAGAGGACUCCGGGUGUCCAGCCUGCGCCGCCACCGUGGGACCCGUCCUCGAUUCGGCGAGCCAGGAAUUAAUCAACCGAAUCGGCGAACAUUCGAGUGCCCGAUUUCUGAUUAACGCCCGAGAACGUGUCUUUAUCGAAGACUGCGGAGCCAGCGAUUGAUCCCGGCUACUUCUGAUUAAAGGGACGUCCUUCUGGAAGAGCUUGUUGUCGAUAGCAGGUCUUGAAGAUAUGUCCUCGUCUUGAAACUGAAAAUUAAUCAAUUGGUGAUUAAACACUUUCUUAUCGAAUAAGAACUCUUAUUAAGAUUAUAGAAUCGGCGAGAAAUUCUUGAGAUAAAUUGUCGAUUCAAGAUCUGAAAUUAAUGAAAAACAAGCUCGUGUUCGAAUCUCUGAUUAAUAUCGAACCUACAAAAGAGGAAAACGAUAUUGAAAUAAUACGUUUUACAAAAAAAUUACAUCACUGAGUGAACGUCGAAAAAAGACCCUGCGAUUCAUAUUGAAGCUCGAGACCAAUGUGACGACGAGGUGAAGCGAACGUCUCAAGAUGCCUAGUUACUCGCUAAUUAGUUUUAUGGUCCUCUGGGCCAGCUUGUCGCUGGCGAGCUUCUCGACGAAGGAGCUGCUGGAGUGUCGGGCGAACUUGACGGCGGCGAUCAAAAACGACAUGAUGUUCCUGGGCAAGGUGCGCCAGUCGGACUAUAUCUUCACGGGGAAGAUCAAGGAGCUGCGACAGGAGGGGCGGGUGCUGCACGCGCGCGUCAAGCGGGCCAUCAAGGGCGCAUUGAACGCCACCGUUGAUCUCACCGUGAACGACACCUGCGGCAGCUACAUCAGACGCGGCUACACCGGCAUCUUCCUGGCACGUCGAGGCGGCAGCGAUGCGCGACACAUCGGCAAAAUCGUCAUGCACUUUGGUCCCGUACCGCUUACACUUGCCAAUCUCGACAGGCUGAACGCUGCCGUUAAAGGUGAGUCGCUGAAACAAUCGUAUUUGUCAUCCGUGAAUUUUUUUCCGGGACUAAUGGAAACCCUUGCGGUAAGACCGCUCCUUGAUUUACGAGCCCGGGAUAUGAAUGUGCAGGUGGAGGUUCGGUAA